UUGAAGUCAAACCAAGUGCGUUAAGUUGGGCUAUUCGUAAUUGUUGCUGUAUCUAAAUCGUACUGAAUAUUCAUUGAAUGAGCAUACGAUGGAAGAUGAUGCACCUGUUAUUUAUGGUCUUGAAUUUCAGGCACGUGCCUUAACACCGCAGGUUGCAGAACCAGAUGCCAUACGAUUUUUGGUUGGAACACAGUCCCUUAAGUAUGAUAACCAGAUUCACAUAAUAGAUUUUGAUGAUGAAAAUAAUAUUAUAAACAAAAAUGUUGUCCUUCAUCAAGCUGGUGAGAUCUGGCAAAUCAGUGCGAGCCCUGUCGACAGAGGUGUACUGGCAACUUGUUACAACAGAAUCUCAAAUCCUGUUACUCCAUUUCUGUAUGGUCUCCCCAAGAUACAUAAAAAUGUCCAGAUACCACCAAUGAGCCCCAUUGUCUCAGCUUCCGACAGUAAAGUCAUGACAUGUGCGGCUGUGUGGAGAAUGCCUAAGGAACUGGAGUCAGGCAGUCAUGAAUCCCCUGAUGAUUCAUCAAGCAACCCUCAGACCCUGGAGCUACUUUGUCACCUUGACAACACAGCCCAUGGCAAUAUGGCCUGUGUUUUAUGGGAACCAAUGAGCGAUGGUAAAAAGAUUGUUUCCCUUGCAGAUAAUAAUUUGCUGCUAUGGGAUUUACAAGAAAGCUCAACCAAGGCAGAGCUUUCCAGUUCAGCACAACUAGAAGGAAAGGGACAGCUAAAGUUUACUUCCGGUCGUUGGAGCCCUCACCAUAACUGUACACAAGUUGCCACUGCAAAUGAUAUAGCUAUUCGAGGCUGGGACCUCAGGAGCAUGAGUCAGAUAUAUUGCAUUGAAAAUGCUCAUGGACAACUAGUACGGGACUUGGACUUUAACCCAAAUAAGCAGUACUACCUGGUUAGCUGUGGUGAUGACUGCAAAGUGAAAUUCUGGGAUGUCAGAAACAUUCAUGACCCUGUUAAGACACUGGAGGAGCAUUCACACUGGGUCUGGAGUGUGAGGUAUAACCAUUCCCACGAUCAGCUAGUACUAACUGGCAGCAGUGAUAGCAGAGUUAUUCUCUCAAACAUGGUAUCUAUCUCCUCUGAACCUUUUGGCCACCUUGUGGAUGAAGAUGAGCUGAGUGACCCAGAGGACAACCACAGGGAAGAGAAAAAUAAAGAACCACUUCAAGACAGCAUAAUAGCAACAUACGAAGAACAUGAAGAUAGUGUCUAUGCAGUUGAGUGGUCUUCAGCGGAUCCUUGGCUGUUUGCAUCUUUAAGUUAUGAUGGAAGGCUUGUUAUAAAUAGAGUUCCCAGAGCACUGAAGUAUCGCAUUUUAUUAUAACACUACAAUAUUACUAUGGUCAUUUAAAUUAUGAAAUUUGCACUCUAGGCAUGAUAGCUCAGCCUUUGCCUUUUUGAUUUUUGUCACAUUAUUUUGUUAUCUCUUUCUCCUUCUUUAUAUUAUUUGUAGAUGUCUAUUACAUUGGUGAAUGUGUAAUCAGUGGAAUAUUCAUAGUCUCUUUUGAUACUGUUUUAGCAAGGUUGCAUGUAUACUUGAAAAUCUGUAUACAUUGUAUGCUGGCUUUCGAAGUUAUGUGAUCUUGACCUGCUUAUUAGUAGCUAUUUUAGUUCUUAAUCCAUCAAGUGAUUGUCUGAUGUACUUAAUGGAGAAUAAAUCUUUCUUGUUGUAA